GCUGGGGGUGUGUUGUAUCCCGGGCUGGGAGUGUUUAUCUCGGGCUGGGAGUGUGUUGUAUCCCGGGCUGGGAGUGUUUAUCCCGGGGGUGGGGCGCCUGUGCCCGGCCGAGCAGCUCCAUAGAAGGUGAGGCCGUGUGCUGACGCGGGCUGGCCGUGCAUUAAAAGCCCCCACCCCCCCUGGCGAGAGGCAGCAUCUGCCGAGAGGCCACCCGGACACACACAGACACACAGACAGCGGUCCCGGGACACCGCCCGCACGCAUCGACCACUCUCUCCCUCUCCACACACGGGAUGUCCCAGCUCCGGAUCGCUCUGCUCGGCCCCUCGCCCUGGGGCUUCAGGCUGGUGGGGGGCAAGGACUUCGAGCAGCCCCUCGCCAUCUCCCGGAUAACACCAGGGAGUAAAGCAGACUCCGCCAAGCUAUGUGUUGGGGAUAUAAUCUUGGACAUAGAUGGAGAAAACACUGAUGGAAUGACUCACUUGGACGCUCAGAACAAGAUCAAGGGAUGUGGAGAUGAACUGACUUUCCUAAUUGGCAGGUCUGAAUCGAAAGUUUGGUCACCCAUGACGAACGAGAAUGGAAAAGCGCACCCGUAUCGGAUGAACUUGGCAUCUGACCAUCAGGAGAUCACACAAAUAGGAAUUGCCCACAACCGGAGCGCUAAGCCAUUCGGCACCGCGGCCACGUCCAACGUGUCUCCCAAGGUCAUAACCUCGCAGUACAACAGCCCCUCUGGCCUCUACUCCGCGGCCAACGUGGACAAAAUCAACAGUGCCGUGGACUCCAGGAUGUCUCCCAGCAACCGCGAGGCGGGCAAGAUUUUGGAACCGAUGAAGCCUCCGGCCCGACCCGCAGUGGACACGGAGUCCGAAGUUUACAAAAUGCUGCAGGAUAACCAGGAAGCUGAGGAGCCCCCUCGACAAUCGGCCUCGUUCCGGGUGCUGCAGGAGAUCUUGGAGAGUGAAGCUGAUGGAGAUACGAAGAAACCAUCGGGAUUCCGGAAGGUGAAUUCUCCUGCCGCCAGGGUGGGAUUCUCGGUCGGGAGUGGACAGAAGCUGCCUGUCUGUGAGAUAUGUGACACAGGGAUCGUGGGGCUGAUGGUGAAAGUGCGUGAGGGGUUCCGUCACCCCGAGUGUUACGUCUGCACGGACUGUGGGACCAACCUGAAGCAGAAGGGACAUUUCUUCGUGGGCGAUGCCAUCUACUGCGAGCAGCAUGCCAAGGAGCGGGCCACUCCGCCCGAGGGCUACGAUAUCGUCACUGUCUUCCCAAAGUCGUAAACCCCUCUGGGAAGCAAUGUUCGCGUCCUGUGGAAUAACCGGCCAGAGACACAAAAAGCUGGAGUAACUACAGCGGGUCAGGCAGCAUCUCUGGAGAAAAGGAACAGAUGAUGCUUCCGGCCGAGACCCUGCUUCAGCUAACAAUUUUCAUUGAUCUGCAUUCCCUUUGUCCUGGUUUCACACCUUACCCUUCCUUAUCUAUGUAUCUCCCCCUCCCCUGACACCAGUCUGAAGAAGAGUCUCGACUAGAAACGUCACCCAUUCCUUUUCUCCAGAGAUGCUGCCUGUCCCGCUGAGUUACUCCAGCAUUUUGUGUCCAUCUUCGGGUUUAAACCAGCAUCUGCAGUUCCUUCCGCCAUAAUAAUCAGCUAACUCUGCAUGCCUACCUAUGUACAUGAACUGCUUUUUACACACUCUUAAAAGAGAAUAUAGAUUUCUUUAACCACUUGGUACAACUUACUCUUGAAUGGAACGAGUCACAAUUAAACUACAAAUGUUUGCUUAUA